GGCUCGCCCAGGUGCUACCAUACUGUAGCUCUACCAUCUACAUACCCACUUCAGACUGACCCUCGGACCAGCACGAACGGCGCAUCGGCACAUAUGAAUGGAGCCGCGUCACAGCGCGUCGACCAGCAGAGGCCCCUCGGACUACACAGGCAGCGUCAUGCGUGCCGCGAUUAUCGACGACAUCGACUGUAGCUCCAAAGACGAGUGCGUCGACCUCCGUGGGAGCAUGCGUGCGUGCUGCACCCGCCCGCGAGCCGUUGCCAUCCACGCCCGCGAGCCGUUGUCCACGCAUGCGAGCCCGAGCUUGGCGAGCGCAGCGCCGUGGAGCGUGUCAGACACGGCCUGCAUCGGCGUGGCCGCGCUGGCUCGAUGGAGUCGACCUCGUGCAGGCGGAUGAGGCCUACCCGACAUCCUCGCUGCUGCGGCACGCCCACGCCCGCCAUCCACUACCUCCAGCCGCGCGUCGUCCUGCACACAGAGUCGCGAGCACCCGUGAGCACGACCUCUGCUACUUCUUUGCGAGUCCGGGGCUGCUGUACCCCUUCGCUACCAUGCACACUCCUUGCGCCGCAAGCCACGGGAAUGCUCAGCUGCGGGCCACCGCAGGUUCCUGAGUGCGUCACGCAGGGCGUGAAGGAGCGCAAGCGUGGGACGAAGCGCAUGGAGGACGUCGAGGCUGGGCUUGUAGGGUUGCUCGCGAGGGAUGCUGUUAGCAUCCCAAAUUACUGUACAUCAUUAAUACUCGCAUGAAUACAUAUAAUCACUACGACUGCAGCGUUUGUUAGUGUAUGACGAAUUGUCGGGGCCUCGAACAUACCAAAUUGGGAAGGCUGCUGCUUUAUGCCCUUUGUGUAAAUUGCAGCAAGACCUAUUACAGUG